UAUCGCUCAAAGAAAUGCACCAAACUUAGCAAUAACGUACAUAUUACAGUACAGCUAGUUCUAAAUUUAGCAUUAUGGCAGAAAAUAGGCCAAAUGGGAAUGAUUGUACAUCCAACGUUCUACCGUACGCUAUCUAUCCUAUGAUGCCACCGAACAUCUUAGAAAUUGCUGAUGUUCUGCAAAAUGGAAUGCAACCCCUGUUUCACGAUGUGAGAGUCGACAUAGCUAGCUGCCCUGAUUUAACUACAGCACCAUAUAAUCUUGCCGGAGUAGGAUUAGGUGGCAACACGUCGCUAGUAGAAUUCCUUCGUCACGAUGUACAUACACCGUGGAAGCAUAGAACACGGGAUAUUCUAAAAGUAUUCACAGGCAGCAUUCGUGAUUCCUUUAUCAUCGGAUCUACUUUCGCUACAAAACCAACCAUGCCUUAUUACGGACAUCUCAUUAUGAAUGCAAUGUACACAGCACCUAUGGGUAUUAGGAACGAGAGUCGUCUUAUUUUCGCAGAAUUGCGUAAUGGACAGACAAGAAUAGAAAAGUUAACUGAUCCUAACCAAAUGAUAUACACCUGCAAGGGCAACUUCUUUAUCAGCGAGGGUAGGGAAGGCCCUGUUAUCAGAGUGCGUGCCAAAGGUCGAAAAAAAAGUGAUACAGACAUCAUAACUUCAAUGCAAACGGUCCUUUAUGAACAUUAUGGAAGAAAUUGGAAAACUGUUGCUUUAGGUGGUGUUCUAAAAAUGACAAACGGACGUGUGGCGUGUAACCUUAUGUGGGAUGAAUAUCAGGAGCCGAUAUUAUCAUUUCCCGAUUUUGUUAGAGCACAGCAAUGUACCGAGAUAUGUCUAGAGUCAGAUAUGGUAGCCGUUGGCACAAUAUUUAACCGUCAACCACUACUAUUUAAUCAGGAACAACGUUACGAUCUUAAUCUGUAUAAUAGAAGCGAGUUCCAUUGUUUCAAUAAUUAUGGAGCAGGCGGACAAUUUAUUAGCGAUACUACUCCGGAUACGACGGAAUAUGAAGGUUACUUCAAUGUAGCGGAAAAUAUACAUUUACAAGUAUCAUAACUAAAUGCCAUUUUAAUCAUAAAC